CUAUACAUGAUUUCAUAUCAUGCUGUGGAACUAUCAAUGUUAGUGUUGUAGUAAUCGUGGUCAUUGGACUAGUCGUGAUUGCGUUGUGUGUUGCCAUGGAGACCGCGCAACAAUCAUUAAACACGACCACUCGAAAGUGAAACCCCUCCGUUAUUCAGACUGAAAAUGGGAGAAAGCGAUCUCACAAAUUAUGAAUGUUCUCGAUUGCAUGCAGAAGUGGAGCACGAGAGACAGGUCAAGGAGAUGUUGCAGGACUCUGUGUCUGAUCUGAGGACCACGUUGGCUGAUUUGGAGAGACGACUUCACAGUGUAGAUGAAGAAGAGAACGAGUGGAGGACCCGAUACGAGACUCAGCUGGAGCUGAAUGAACAGCUGGAGAAACAAAUAAGUGUAGUUCGAGAGAGACUCCAGACCCUCCGCAGUGAUCCUUCAGAUCGACUGGCUUCUAUUCGCUCAUAUGAAGAUAUGUCUGAGGAUGCUCUCAGACAGAGGCUGAAAUUACUGUCUGCUGAGAAGAGCAGCCUUCAAUCUCAACUGAUGGAUUUCCGAAUGAAGAUUGUGCAGGAAGGAAAGGCUUACCAGAAAGUCUAUGAAGAGAGGAGGGCGUAUCUAGCAGAGAUCGCAAAGCUGUCUUCAACACUGAAUCUGAGCAGAAAGCAGCAGAUGGACGAAGCCCGGAGGACAGCAGCGGCUCCUGACAAAACAAGUGAGGAAAGUACGAAGCAACAUUCAGGUGCAGUGAAGAAGGGGUCUGUCAACAAAACCCCAGCAAGAAGCAGACUCCCUCGAUUAAAACAUUAAUACACGAGAACUGAUUAUUUCUGCAAAAAUGUCAGUUAUUUUACAGGUAAACCUUAUUUUUUGAUAACAGA